AUGUCAAGAAAAAUCAGCGUGGCCGCUGCACAGGUCGGCGCAAUCAACUUGAAUGCUUCGAAGAAAGAGACCGUCCAGAGACUUAUUAAGCUCCUCCACGAAGCUGCCGAGAAGAAAGUGCAGCUUGUGGUCUUUCCGGAAUGCACACUCACGACGUUCUUCCCACGACAUUUCAUUCAAUCUCAAGAGGACCUGGACCAUUACUUCGAACACGGCGAGGAUAUCACACAGUCGGCGGAUGUGAAGCCAUUGUUCGAUGAAGCAAAGGCACAUGGCGUCGAUAUCGUACUGGGGUAUGCCGAGCGAACGCCAGACGGUACUGGAUACAACACAUCGGUCUACUUCUCAGCAUCCCAAGGCAAAGUCAUCAGCAAAUAUCGAAAGGUCCAUCUUCCGGGCAGAGUAGAGCCAUUCGAGGAUCCGAAUGCCACCAACCAGUUAGAGAAGCGCUAUUUCAAGCCAGGUGACCUUGGAUUCAAGGCAUUCCGUGCUCCAGGGCUUGUUCCAGAUGCAGCGAAGAAGUCUACGGCAAAGGAAGGCGAGAAUACGGCGGGCAAAGGCGAUCCCAUCAUGGGAAUGCUCAUCUGCAACGACCGAAGGUGGCCUGAGGCGUGGCGAGUGUACACGCUGCAGGGAGCAGAGCUGCUGAUGUUCGGCUACAAUACAGGAGGCCACAUGUCCCAUCUAUGGGGAGGGACGUCGCUGCCACCGGAGCAAGCAGAGAAAAAAGCACUCUUCCACUCGCGCCUCGUGCAGCAGGCGAACAGCUACAUGAACGCCUGCUUCUCCAUCUCCUCGGCAAGGUGCGGCAUGGACGAUGGCAAGUACCACCUGAUCGGCGGCAGCUCGAUCGUCAGCCCCGAGGGCCAUGUCGUUGCUGAAGCGAGAACCAAUGGAGAUGAGCUGGUCGUUGCAGAAAUCGAUCUGAGCGAGUGUCGAAGGGGGAAGGAGAGAACGUUCGACUAUGCGCGACAUCGGCGGAUAGAGACGUAUUCGCUGAUCACACAGCAGACUGGCGUUGUUGAGCCCGAGCUGCUAUGA